AUGACUACCCUGCGUGUUCCAACUGCCAAAAGGCCGGAGCGAUAUGUGACAAAGCCACCGUACGACAAGAGAAUGGCACCCAGAACGAGUGGGAUCCCUCUUCCCCACCUGACUGGAAACAUAUUACUUCUGGACCAUGUCGCCCAUCCAGUUGCUGCAUUGCUGUCCCCUCCCCAUCCGGAGACUCCCACUAACUCAAACCCUCGCCUGGAUCAAAAUGCCGUCGGGGAAUUAGUGGGAUUUCUUGCACUCAACUCCUCGGAGGCGCCUGCAUACGUAGGUUCCAGUUCGGGCCUCUCCUUGGCUACGAAUCUUGGGGAAAUGGUCCAAGCCACGGUCUGGAACCAGGCUCUGUCUUCAGCUCGAGCAGCGUCGUCAGGUAGAUCCGGACCUGCAGCGGGACAAGGAUCCACGGGUCUGCCUCCCCAGCCUCCAGGCGAGAGGGCCGGUCAUGUCAAUGAUCGAACUCGACCACCACCACGAGUGGAGGAGGUGUUGGUGAAGAGCAGCGAGCCUCCUGACGAUGAAAUGGGAUCCAGGAUUCUUCAUGCCUAUCUAACACGGAUCCAUGUUCGCUAUCCGUUUCUCGACCGCACGGAGUUGUGGCGACUGCAUGAAGCGCGCUGGCGACUGGCGCAGAAGAAGCGGGAGGAGCUGACCAAGGAGGAACGGGUAGGCAUAUUCAAGCUGUAUCUUGUAUAUGCCAUCGGGGCUACAUCGAUUCAGUUAAGUGAAAACUACUCAUAUACCACGCCUGAGCGAUUCUACCUGACCGCUCUGCAACAACUACCAAAUAUGUGCGAAAUGCGAUCUAUAGAGAAUAUUGAGGCUAUGACCUUGCUGAUUGUGUAUCACCUUCGCUCAGCGUCUGGUCAGGGCAUGUGGUACAUGGUAGGCCUCGCUAUGCGUACCGCUAUAGACCUUGGACUGCAUCGCAAAGCAAACGAGAUCAACAUGGAUUCCUUCACUGCGCAAAUGCGGCGGCGUCUUUUCUGGACCGUUUAUUACCUAGAGCGUGUCGUGUCAAUGUCCCUGGGCCGGCCAUUUAGCAUCGCAGACAGACACAUCGACCUUCCUUUGCCUGCAGACAUCGACGACGAUGUCCGCGAUCCUGCCUUGCUAGCCGCCCCUCCAGCUCCGACUAGAAUCACCACACUGACCUUUGCCAUAUUCCUCAUGCGCCUGCGGCGCAUCGACUCCGAAAUUCAGCAUAAGAUCUACCGAGCCGAUCGACCACUGCACACUUUACGCUCGAAGAUGGACCGACUCUUUCUCCAACUCGAAGAAUGGAAAGAAUCAGCUCUGCGACGUUUCACCGGAUCCGACCUGGACUAUCCAAUGCUGCACUACCACCGAGCCCUACGACUCCUCAUCCAGCCAUUCUUACCCUCACUCCCCCUCUCCGACCCAUACUAUCACAUCUGUCUCCGCGCAGCCGGAAACACCUGCCAAACCCACAAGAAGCUACACCAAACCCUUGAAUACGGCCACUCCUUCCUGGCUGUGCAGACGAUCUUCAUGGCUGGGAUCACCCUGCUCUACGCCCUAUGGACCCACACAAGCGACGUCUGGUCCGUCCAAAUGAGCAACGACAUCCGCGCCUGCUCGACCGUCCUAUUUGUGAUGGGUGAGCGCGCCGAAUGGGUCAAGAAAUACCGCGACGCAUUCGAGCUGCUCGUCAACGCCGCCAUGGAGAAACUAGAGGGAAGCGAUGCAUCCAAAAAGGUGGGCAUGGCGGAACUAAUGACAGCCCAACACAGUAGCAGUGGUGGUAUAAGCGCAGGAAUGUUCAGGGAUCACCAUAAUCUCACCACCACAUGCAGCAACAGCAACAACUCCACUGGCGGCAUGGCACCAGAUAUGAAUAACACAGCGGCGGCCAACAUGGCCGCUCAGACUGCUUCUGAACCCACUAGCAGUCAGGACCAUGGCGUGCGCAUGGCAUUGCAGAUCGCGCCCUGGAUCGACCUGGAAGAAGAUAGCCCGUUCUGGAUGCCUGAUUUCGAGACGCUGGAGAAUCUCGGGACAUCAGCCAAUGAAUUGGUACUGAGGGAUGUGGCUGCCCCUCCAGCUAAUCCUCUAUCUGGGUGGUUGUGUGAGCCCGUGUCACCUACGUCUGCAUGCAAACUGUUUGCCAUCUCAGAUCUGACAGGGCAUGGGAUCCCGAGUCCGGAUUUGAACGGAUCACUAUGCGAUGCAAGGAGGACAGAUUCCCCUCGCUAUUCCAGACACAGCGAGUGCAGGUUCAAGAUGAUUAAAUAG